AAAUAAAAUAAACAGCUGAGGUUCGCCAUGAUUGUAGCUUUGACCAUGCCAGAAAUGUACUGAAAGAAAUUUCAUUUAGAGAGAGAAACACCUUCGUCUAUUUUCGGAUGAGAGAGAAUGCUAGAAAUUAAAUUUAUAUUUUUCUUUAAUUUUUAUUGAAUUGAUUUCCUUUUUUGGUUUUCGAUUUUUGAUUAGUGUUGCAAAUAGAGAGAGAGUUUUUUUUUCUCUCUCUUCUCCACCUUCUUCUAUUUCUCUCUCUUGAACUUCUGGAAUUUUUUUUCUAGGGUUUGGUAUUUUGUGAAUUUAAUUUGAUUUGAAUUGAAUCUGAAGAAGGGGAGAAGAGAGAUAACGAAAAGAUGAAUGUGAUGCGUCGUCUUAAAAGCAUUGCUUCUGGUCGCACUUCGAUUUCUGAUCCAGGCGGGGACUGUAUCACAAAGAGGGCCAAAGUUGAGCAAGAAACAGAUGGAAGUUUCACUGAUGAAUCACACCCUGAUGAGAGAUGUACUACAGAAUUAGAGCAACGUGUAGCUUCAACAUCCAUGGAAGCUGUUCCAAGCACAUCUGGUGUCAAUUCUAUUAUUAAGAUGCAGAAAGUUGAUUAUGAUAAGCUUCCUACAGAAUUGCAUGGAAUGAAAAUCCAGGAUAACAAAGCAAAUAAAGGUGAUGAUGAUAAGGACAUGGAAGCAGCUUUUGUUAGUGGAACUGGUACUGAAUCUGGGCAGAUAAUUACAACUACAAUGGGUGGUAGGAACGGACAACCAAAACAGACAGUUUCUUACAUGGCGGAACGUGUGGUUGGAACUGGGUCAUUUGGUGUAGUCUUUCAGGCCAAGUGCUUGGAAACCGGUGAGCAAGUUGCAAUUAAAAAGGUGUUGCAAGAUAAGCGAUACAAGAAUAGGGAACUCUCAAUUAUGCGCUUAUUAGAGCAUCCAAAUGUUGUUCUACUGAAGCACUGUUUCUAUUCUACGACUGAAAAGGAUGAGGUUUAUCUCAAUCUUGUCCUGGAGUACGUUCCUGAAACAAUUUACAGAGUUUUGAAACAUCAUAAUAGGAUGAGUCAGCACAUGCCAAUGAUCUAUGUACAACUAUAUACCUAUCAGAUUUGUCGUUCACUCAAUUACAUACACAAUGUUAUUGGUGUUUGUCAUCGCGACAUCAAGCCCCAGAAUAUACUGGUUAAUCCACACACUCAUCAAGUCAAGCUGUGUGAUUUUGGUAGUGCCAAGAUGCUGGUACCAGGUGAACCCAACAUAUCAUACAUAUGUUCUCGAUAUUAUCGGGCUCCGGAACUGAUUUUUGGAGCUACUGAGUACACAACUGCUAUUGAUAUGUGGUCUGUGGGUUGUGUGAUGGCUGAACUUCUCCUUGGACAGCCAUUGUUUCCCGGAGAAAGUGGCGUUGAUCAACUGGUAGAAAUUAUCAAGAUAUUGGGAACUCCAACCAGAGAAGAAAUAAAGUGUAUGAAUCCAAAUUAUAGCGAGUUUAAGUUCCCUCAGAUCAAGGCUCAUCCGUGGCACAAGGUGUUUCACAAACGUAUGCCCCCUGAAGCUGUGGAUCUUGUAUCAAGAAUGCUCCAGUAUUCACCAAAGCUACGAUGUGCAGCUCUUGAAGCUUGUGCACAUCCCUUCUUUAAUGAUCUGAGAGAUCCCAAUGCAUGGUUGCCUAAUGGAAGACCUCUUCCUCCUCUUUUCAACUUCACACCCGAAGAGCUGGCUCAUGCAACACCUGAAUUGCGUGCACGUCUCAUACUAGAUCCGACAAAGAAAUGAUACUUUUCAAAAGACUGGUUGCAUCUCUGGGCAAUAGCUUUUUUUCAUUUGGUAACCCACAAGCAGUAUCACUGUGAGUGCGCUUCAGUUGAAUUAUACAGAUAUCUGAAAAUUAUAUAUUUGUGACUGAAGUCGCUUGCUCUUUCAGUGGCUGUCUGUAAUUGCGGAAAGUUUCAAGUUCAAAAGAGUGAGAUAUUGGCGACAAUGGAGGUCUUUCAGCUAUGUAUUAAGAGUUACCGACGCCUCCAUUUAUUGUGAAUUGUCGAUGUGUAAUUGUCUGUUUCUGCAUCAUCCUUUGUAAUCUUUAGACAUCAGUAAUGUAAUGGGGGAGUUUACUGUUUUGUGCAUUUUAAUGAGGUGUGUUUCAUAUUUUGUUCCAUCUCCAUUUUAAGGAGUAUUCUUCUGUAACCUUUGUAUUAAUAAUAUGAAACCAUGUCAAUUAUGCAUUCUCUGUUUAAUACCAGUACUUGUAGAGUUCCAAAAUCAGGGACCGAAUAUUUUUUCAUUUCUUAGAACUUCAAUCUCAGGUUUGGUGUAAAUCGCUGUUACUAACAGCGAAAAAAAAAAAACAGAAAAAAUAAAAGCCUAAGUCGCUUUUACUAAGAGCGACUUAAGGAGUUGACUAUUCAACUC